AAAGACUUUUUAUGUUUCCUUCUCUGUUAAGAAGAAGAAAGAGAUCAGUUUUGGAAUCUCAAAACUCAUCUCUGAGAAAAAAUGGUUGCUCGAAAGUUUGUCAUCCUCCACGAUGAUUCGAGCUUUGAAAUUGACUACAACACAGAAGAUGGCCUCGAGGUUCUACAGUAUCAGAUUUUCUCCGUCACUUUUGUUCCUCCUGAUGAGCAAAAGAUCGUCGCGGAAGAUGAUGACGAUCGACUAGUAUUGUCUGAUGAGACUGAUCUCGCUUCUAUAUCCGAGAAGCUUCGAUUGCUCUCUAUUGGAGGAAACACUGAGGAGGAGAAGAAGUCAGAAGGAACCUCUGGUGAGAAUCAGCAAUCAGACGAAGAGUUUGCACGAAUGUUGCAGGCGGAAGAAGAGGCGAUGAUGUUUCAACAGUUUGCAGCUCAACAAGACAACGGCGAAUUCGAGAGGAGGAUAAGGCCUUAUGUCAGCCAAGUCCUCAUGUAUGAAGAUCCAGUCCGUCAAGAAGCUGCUCGAAAGACUGUUCCUGAAGACGAGCUCGAGGAGAAAGCUUUGGUUUCUUUAGCCAAGGAGGGGAAUUUCGAGCCAUCGAAAGAGGAAAGAAACUAUGCUUUCCUGCUUCAGCUUCUUUUCUGGUUCAAAAGAUCCUUCAGUUGGGUAAAUGAACCUUCCUGUGACUAUUGUGGUAACAAAACCAUAGGCCAGGGGAUGGGAACCCCACUCACCUCUGAGCUUGCUUAUGGAGCUAAUCGAGUUGAACUAUAUCGAUGUACCUCGUGUCCAACGAUAACUCGAUUCCCUCGGUACAAUGAUCCGCUAAAGCUUGUAGAAACAAAGAGAGGUCGUUGCGGAGAGUGGGCCAACUGCUUUACCCUCUACUGCCGCACCUUUGGCUAUGAUUCUCGUUUGAUUCUGGACUUCACUGAUCAUGUCUGGACUGAAUGCUUCUCUCACUCAUUGGGAAGAUGGAUCCAUCUUGACCCUUGUGAAGCAGUGUAUGACAAACCCAGGCUCUAUGAGAAAGGAUGGGGUAAAAAAUUGAACUAUGUCAUCGCCAUUUCCAAGGACGGGGUUUGUGAUGUCACCAAGCGUUAUACAAAGAAAUGGCAUGAGGUUUUGUCUAGACGAACUCUCACGACUGAAUCAUCUCUGCAAGCUGUUCUUCGAACCCUUACACGCGAAAGGAGAGCUACCUCCCGGCUUUUAUCCGCGCUUGAGCUCCGAGACAGAAACGAGCAAGAAGAGCUCGAGAGAAACCUGCAUUCACCAGAUGAUGCAUCGGUUUCUCUACCGGGAAGGCAGAGCGGGGACAAGGAGUGGCGCAUUCUGAGAUCAGAGUUCGGUUCAGACGAAAACAACUCCGUCAGCUCAUCCUCAUGCCCGGUCCGCACAUGCGUUGAUGACCACGUGACCAAUAUCUACGACUCGUUUCUUCCUAUCCUGACUCAGUUCGUUGAGGAUGGUUUACCUGUAGCGAGAGGAGUUGAGGUCCUUAAUGUGAUCAAGCAAGUCCUUGUGGAUCUGAAGAAUGCGUCUUUUAAAACCAGGAAGGCUCGUUUGACUUUGGAUUCGUUCCCAGAGCAGUUUUUGCCAGCAGUGGAAGGGUUUCUUCUCGCUCUUUCUUUGAAGAGCGAGAAAGACGCAGACGGUAAAAGUCUCACAGUAGGCUUGGUGGGUAAUAACCCCACGAAAACGGCUAUAGCAUUGCCAGUUGCAUUGGACGCUUUAAGGGAACUGGUCACUGACCUCAGCAGAUGUCAAAACUUGAGCAAAGAUUCACUGUCUCUUCUUCCACUUGUGAAGCAAAACAGGGUGUGCUCUGGUUCUGUUCUCGCAAGUGGUGAAGAGCUUCCUUCUGGCAUUGCUACCGCAGCUUUUGAUGGAAUCCAAGAGUCAAAAUGGGAGGAGCCAAAUGGUGCAAAAGGCUGUUGGAUCAUGUACAAAACACUCUACAACCAGAUGCAAGAGCUCAUAGCAUACGAGAUCAUGUCUGCAAAUGAUGCCCCUGAGAGAGACCCCAAAGAUUGGGUUCUUGAAGGAAGUAAUGAUGGUGGAUCGACAUGGCAUGUUUUAGACAAGCAAACGAGCCAGGUAUUCGAGGAGAGGUUCAAACGCAAAUCCUACAAAAUAACAUCACCAGGUUUCCAAGCAAAUCUCUUCAGGUUUCGGUUUUUGUGCGUAAGAGACGUGAAUUCAACCUCCAGACUACAACUAGGGAGCAUCGAUCUGUACAAGAGCCAGCAUUAAAUUAAAAAAAAAAAAGAUAUACAUCAAAUGUAUCUAUGUACAACUAUAUACCAUAUAUACUCAUUCAUCAUUGGUGUUACACUCUCUGCAAAACGAUGGGUCUUGGUGAGAGAGAACCAUUGGGCUUUGUUGUUUUAAAUGUGGCAAAAGUGAACAGCUAUUUGUUAUUGUUAACGAACAACUUCAUGAGACCAUAUAAAAAGCUCUGUUUCUUCUCUGUU